CAAAAUUUCAAUUGGAAUCCCGAGAAAUCGUAUACAUUUUCGUGUAAAAAGUUGCAAAUUUUUCACAAUUGAGUAAAAAGCUUGCUAUGAUGAACAUCUGAGAGGCCAUGGUGGAAGCAAAACAGAAAGAUUCCGCAACGGAACGAAAGGAUCCGGGAUCCGACGGUGCUGGCCGGAAUAGCAGCAAGGCACGUUCCGGAAAGAAGGACAAAAAAGAGGCAAGCGGUGGUGGAACUGGCACUGGCGGUGGCGCUUCCGGUAACAGCAAACGGAAUAAAAAAGCAAAAAAGGAUGUCGUUAAGCCACCCCAGAAGGUCGUAAUUCGUAGAUUGCCACCGUCGAUGGAUGAGGAAACAUUGCGAAAGCAAAUCGAACCGAUACCGGAUCAUGAAGAUUUUUACUUCGUUUCCGGUGAUUGGUCCCUCGGUAAGAAUGCAUCUUCGCGAGCGUAUAUCAGCUUCACUCGCACCGAGGAUAUUUUUUUGUUUCGUGACAAGUUCGAUGGAUACAUCUUUGUCGACAGCAAGGGAGUCGAGUAUCCGGCAGUCGUUGAGUACGCUCCCUUCCAGGAACUGCCACGGAAUCGAUCCCGCAAGAAGGAUGCGAAACAGGGAACAAUUGAGACAGACACACACUUUUUGGCGUUUCAAGAAGCUCUGGAAGCAGAAGAAAAGGAAUCGUCUGGUGGCAAAGGAAAAGGCAAAUUGGAAUACAGUUACACAAUUAAGGAUGAAAAGCGAAUCACAUCAACUCCACUAUUGGAAUUCAUUGCUCAAAAGAGACAGGAGAAGAGGGAUGAAAAGAGAAAAAAGUUGGAAGAAAAGAAAAAGCAGCGAAAGGAAGAACGGCAGAAGAAGAUAAGUAAGCCAGAGGUAAUAAAGGAGGAAGAGAAAGCAAAAGAAGAUGAUAUCGUGGUCAGGACUGUACCAUCCCGUUUAGAUCCCAAACAAGCUAAAAAAGAGGGUGGGAGAAAAGAAGGUGGAGCAGAUAAGAAAGAUGAAAUUAAAGAAGGAAAAGAUGGUAAAGAAAAGGAAAAACGACAAAGAAAUCGAGGCAAAGACAAAGACAAAGAAGAUAGAACUCCGAAGCAACCCGAAAAAGAAGAGCCUCCGAUUGCGGAGCAGGAGAAGCCACUAAGUCGAAAGCAGGAGCGAGAUCGACAACGAAGAGAAAAGGAAAAAGUUAGAAAGCAGGAAGAAAGGGAAAAGAAAGCUCAGGGUGAACUGCCCCGAAAAGAUUCAAAACCAGCUGCAGUGAAGGCAGAAGUUACUGUCGAAAAACCUGUAGAAACAAGGGAUGUUCCCAAAAAAGAAGUGAAAAAAUACAGCGAGCGUAGAAAAGAAACGCGUGCUAGGGCAGAAAAUCGACUUGCCGAAUUAGAAGACCGCAAAGAUUUCGAAGAAUCAAUAACCAGUGAGCACUUCAAGCUUAUUCCCGUUAUCCCUAAAGUGGACAUCAAGAAAAGCAAUCUUACGCCUCAUGUGGCUCCCUUCAUUCCCAAGGAAAAAUCGUCCACUAUAAUCCUAGGAGAAUCAUCUCUAUCGUUGCCGCCAGCUUUUCCACAAAAAUCUUCGACGCCAACAGCCCCUCAACUGCCGUCUGGUGAGCAGACAGAACAAGCUGAACCAGAUCAUGGAUCGGAGCCCCAAACUCCUAGCGAAAACAAUAGCUGUGAGAAGAAAUCUGCCGAAAUAGAAUCCAAACUACAGGAGGCACGAGAAGCUCGUAAAUUGCGUAACAAAAAUCGACCAUCUAUCGAAAUUUAUCAACCGAGAAAACGAAUUCAACCGGGAGCUCCAGGAACCAACACCAAAAGUGAAGAUGAACCGCAGAAGGAAAAAAGCGAUUCAGAUCGAUCAUCAGACGUAAGCGGCAAACCGGGAAUGUCGUCCGGUGGGGGACCACCGAAAGAAACCGGCACCGGAGCUAAAGACAAACGGCAUCGGCUAACGAAGAAGGCCUCGGAUAAGGAACGGCCGCGUGAUCGACGGAAUCGGCGCAAAAACUCGAGCGAUAAUGAGUCGGCGGCCAAGGAUUCUCGAAAAAAUUCUCGCGAAGAUACCACCCCGGAAGAACCGAAAGCCGAAGCCAUUGUAAAACCAGAAGAGGAAAUGAUUACGGAAGUUGCUGCUGCACUUGAAGGUGUUAAGCUGGAUUCUUGAACAGUGCGUGUUAAUUUAUUUGCUGGAAUAUAAACUGAAUAUUGUUCUGCUUAA